CCUGCAGUCCCCGUUACCGCAGCAUCCGUCUAAACUGCCUUCAAAUCCAGCCACACACAGCACUUUUCCUCACUUUCAUACACCUAACCUUGACAAUACCCUCCAAUAUUACUGUGAUUAUCUGCGGGGACUGACCACUGACCGACUGGGAUAAAAAAAUAAAAAUAAAAUAAAAAACAACCGCGACUGGAGCUUCGCUAAUUCACAGCAUCGGGUUUCUCGGUUUCUGCGCCAAGAAACGAUGUGGACACCGAACCGCUGGUGAAAUCGUUUGGCUGCACAGGGAUUCAAAGGUCAUGCUGUGCUUUGGAGGGACAAGAAGAGACACUAAAUAAAAAGGUUGAGAGAGAGCAGAAGGUGGACAGCAGCCGCUAUCAUGUCUCGUCAUCACAGCCGAGCCACCAGCCUGGAGGAGAAGGGGGCCACGCCCAUCCACAAGAGCUGCACCCCUUUACACAAAAGCUCCACCCCCACCCACAAGAGCGCGUCCUCCUCCUCUUCGUCUCAGAGAGACAGUCGACAGGAGACGGAUAGCUGGGAGAUCAUCGAGGGCCUGAGGAUCGGGCAGACUCAUGUGCAGAGGCCAGAGAAGCACGAGGGCUUCAUGCUGAAGCGGAGGAAAUGGCCCCUGAAGGGCUGGCACAAGCGGUUUUUCGUUCUGGAUAACGGGAUCCUGAAGUACUCCAAGUCUCCCGUGGACAUUCAGAAAGGGAAGCUCCAUGGCUGUAUAGAUGUGGGUCUGUCUGUGAUGUCUAUCAAGAAAAGAGCUCGCCGCAUAGACCUGGACACAGAAGAGCACAUCUACCAUCUGAAGGUGAAGUCUCCAGAUGUGUUUGACCUCUGGGUGUGCAAGCUGCGUCACCAUCGCUUGUUCCGUCAGAACGAGAUCGUCCGCUCUCCUCGGGACGUCACGCUGCGGACGUUCCCUCCGUCGGCCGGCGCAGAAUCUCCGCAAAACACCCCCUCCAGCACACACCAAAGCAAGCAGGGUAAGCCCACCAGUCUCCCCUGGCACCUGCCUCCAUCCUGCAGUAAUGGACAGAGUAAAGUGGCGGCCUGGUUAAAGGAGUCAGAGGAGAUGGACAAGUGUGCAGAAGAGCUCGCCUACUGCCAAUCUAGUCUAUUAGAGUUGAAUCAACUGCUGCAAAGUCUGGAGAUCCUACAAAGGACUCAGUCAGCUCCCAAUUUCACAGACAUGCAGAGUAACUGUGUAGAUUUGACAAAGAAAGAAAAGCGUGUCAGCAGAAGAUGGAGGACUAAAAGUGUCAGCAAAGAUGCAAAAUUGCAACAGCAGGUCCAGUCACUUUCCCAGUCACACAGUGCUAAAGUUCCCCUGAGUGCAAGUAUGUCUCAAGUGCGUCUCCACUCCUCUAAUCCUAACCUAUGUGCGGAGUUGGCGGAUUUUCAAACCCCCGUCACACGUCUGACUGACAGUAUCGACAACGCCAGUGACUACAUCAAACUGCAGGAGGACUUCUGCGUCAUUGCACAGAAAGUGCACUCUCUUCUGAAGUCUGCCUUCAACACAGUGGCCAUAGAGAAAGAGAAGAUUAAACAGGUGUUGUCGGAACAGGAGCAAACCGGCCAAUCAAAUCAGAUUAUGACCCUCCGCCGCUCCCUGUCACAGGCCAUAUCCCAGAAUGCUGAGCUGAAGACCCGUCUGAACCGGAUCCACUCGGAGUCGGUUCUGUCCGAGCAGGUCGUCAGUGUGAACAUCAUCAGCAGUCCCAACGAGGUAGGGGAGCCGCUGCACGUGGGCAUCCCUCUCUCUCAGCAAGUGUCUAACGAGAGCCGGCUCUCCAUGUCGGAGUCGGUGUCCGAGUUCUUCGACGCUCAAGAGGUGCUUCUGUCCGCCAGUUCAUCAGAGAACGAGGCCUCUGAUGACGAGUCUUACGUCAGCGAUGUGAGUGAUAAUAUCUCCGAGGACAACGCCAGCGUCACGGAUAGCGUUUCCAGACAGAUGCCUAACGGGGAUCUGUCCAGUGGUGCGUUUCGUAACGGCAGGCGCUCGUGUCUCCCCGCUCCCGCUCCUGACACGUCCAACCUCAACCUGUGGAACAUCCUGAAGAACAACAUCGGGAAGGACCUGUCGAAGGUGUCGAUGCCGGUGGAGCUGAACGAGCCCCUGAACACACUGCAGCACAUGUGUGAGGAGCUCGAGUACUCCGAGCUGCUGGACAAGGCAGCCCAGACCGACGACCCCUACGAACGCAUGGCGAUCAUUGCAGCGUUUGCAGUUUCAGGAUAUUCAUCCACCUAUUAUAGAGCGGGCAGCAAACCCUUUAACCCUCUUCUAGGGGAAACAUAUGAAUGUGUCCGUGAAGACAAAGGAUUCUGCUUCUUUUCUGAACAGGUGAGCCACCAUCCGCCCAUCUCCGCCUGUCACUGCGAGUCGCAGAACUUCACCUUCUGGCAAGACGUCAGAUGGAAGAAUAAGUUUUGGGGGAAGUCUAUGGAGAUUCUUCCCAUCGGGACAGUGCACGUCUCGCUGCCCAGUUAUGGUGAUCACUAUGAGUGGAACAAGGUGACGACGUGCGUCCACAACAUCCUGAGCGGGAGACGGUGGAUCGAGCAUUAUGGAGAGGUCACGAUCAAGAGCACUCGCAACACCCCCUGCGUCUGCAAGCUCACCUUCAUUAAGGGGAACUACUGGAGCUCGAAUGUGAAUGAGUUGCAAGGAUCUGUGAUGGACCAGGAGGGAAAAAUCGUCCACAGACUGUUUGGGAAAUGGCAUGAGGGUCUGUACUGUGGAGUCCCACCUUCAGCUAAAUGCAUCUGGAGACCAGGGUCCAUGCCCACAGAUUACGAGCUGUACUACGGCUUCAGCAGGUUUGCUGUGGAGCUCAACGAGCUCUUCCCUGAGCUGAAGGAGCUGCUGCCACCAACAGAUGCUCGCUUCAGACCCGACCAGAGGUAUCUGGAGGAGGGGAACGUCCAGAUGGCCGCCGCGGAGAAGCAGAGAAUCGAAGAGCAGCAGAGGAACAAGAGGAAGUGGCUGGAGGAGAACAACAUCAAAUACCAGCCGCGCUUCUUCAAGAAGGUUAUGGACAGCAACCAGAGGGAGAGAUGGGUGUCCAACAACACAUACUGGGAGCUGCGCAAGGACCCGGGCUUCCUCAAACUGGAGAACCCUCAGCUGUGGUAGAUCCCCAUGCCUUCACUGCACAUGCUCGCUAUGCAGGACAGGAGCAGCCUGGGACUUCCCUCGAGAUUUGGGAUUUUAUCUCCAGAAAUGGACUGAUGGUCUGAGAAACAAAAGACUCUCCGCAUCACUUCGGCAGGCUCCGCCUCCAUGGCAACAGCGCGAGAGAGCUGUUGUCACGGUAACAGUGGGAGUUGGAGAGCUGUCCACAUGAAGCCAGUUGUGCUUAUGUUCUUGCCUUAAGAAGUCGCUUCUCAACAACAAAGUUUUACGCUUUUAGUGAAAUCCCCUCAACUUCUCGGUUUAGAUGGAUUGAGUUUGCUCUUGGUUACAUUCUGCAUGUGUAGACGCCGGCAGCUUUCUCCUGCGAUAUGUUACACAAUCUCAUCAGAGCUACAUUUAGACCGUUUCAGUGGUAUUUUUGUAAACGAAAGAAUCAAGAAUCAAGAUUCCAAAGAAUCAAGGCAGGACGAGUUUCUGUACGCAGAACCUCACGAGGAACCGGCCCUCAUGCUCUCCUGUAUCUCAGUAGCUGUAGUUGUACAUUAGCACUUAAAGACGAAGCCAAACUCAAGAAGUGAGCUCUUUCCCCACAGGUUUCUUCAGAAAAGCCAGUCAAUGCUGGCAAUGCAAUGCCUGCUAAACAGAUUAUUAGAGGUUGUUUCGUUGGUCGAGCCAGAAGUCAGGCGAACGAAAAUGAAAUUUCUGUCAUCGCGUUGAACGUGUACGACUGUCAUUAAUGAAAGCUGAGAGGUUUCGUCCCUCCAUUAAAUGCUUUUUAAACUUAAAGGCACAA